ACAUGGCAGUCGCAUGUACAUAUUUGUAUUGUACAUUUUCACUUUAUUUACUGUUAAAAAGUAGUUAUUGGUGUUUUAUUUAUUAAAAAUAAUAAAAUUUAAAGAUGUCUGAUGAGUCAAGCGGCCAGUUCAGUGACUACGAAGAAAAAAUAGUUACGAAACUAAAGUCAGUACGGUUUACAGAAUUACCUACAUAUAAGAAAGAGAGCAGCAACGAUGAUGAUAUUGACUCGGAUGAGUUUUUCUAUGAUUCAGAUGAUCCAACAAAUGCAACAAAAAAAAGAGAUGGUGUCAACUGCCAAUUGCCAUCUAAUAGAAUCAAUACAUACCAACCAGCAGAGAAGUUGUUCAAGAAGUAUGUUAACAAAAUCAAUGUUGAUAAAUACCAGCCGUUAUUAUGUAACAAUACUGAAAAAUUCUUGGAUCAAAAUGACAGGAAAUUUGACAGCGGUCGAAUUAGAAUUAAAGAUAAGCAUGAUAGAGCUACUGCAGAGCAAGUUAUGGAUCCUCGUACAAAAAUGAUACUCUUCAAACUGCUCAACAGAGGCAUAAUAAAUGAAAUAAAUGGCUGUAUUUCAACUGGAAAGGAAGCAAACGUUUACCAUGCCACUUCGAAAGAUGGUCGUGAUUAUGCAAUAAAAAUUUUUAAAACAUCAAUUUUAGUAUUCAAAGACAGAGACAAAUAUGUAUCUGGAGAAUACCGUUUCAGAAAUGGCUACUGUAGAUCAAACCCACGUAAAAUGGUUAGAACUUGGGCAGAAAAGGAAAUGAGGAACUUGGUUCGAAUGUAUAAUGCUAACCUAAAUGUACCGGAGCCAAUUAUCUUACGUAGUCAUGUUUUGGUAAUGUCUUUUAUGGGAGAAGAAGGUUGGCCGUCACCAAAAUUAAAAGAUGUAGAAAUAUCACAAUCUAUGGCACGAUCACUAUACAGAGACUGUAUUAUGAUGAUGUGGAAAAUGUUUAACAUAUGUAAACUAGUGCAUGCAGAUUUAUCAGAGUUCAACCUCUUAUAUCACAAGGGAAAUGUUGUUGUUAUUGAUGUUUCACAAUCUGUGGAACAUAACCAUCCACAUGCAUUUGAGUUUUUAAGAAAAGAUUGCACUAAUAUAUCUGAUUUCUUUGCAAAGAGAGGUGUAGCUACAUUAACUGUAAAAGAGCUAUUCGAUUUUAUAACGGAUUCUAAUAUUAAUGAGUCAAACUUAGAGGAAUGUCUUGAAAGGUUGUCAGAGAAAGCGGCAUCUAGGAAUUUUGAAGAAAUGUCUGCACAGCAGCAAAUUGAAGAGGAGGCUUUUAAAAAUGUUUAUAUUCCAAAACGUCUAACAGAGGUCAUUAAUUAUGAAAGAGAUAUCAACAAAGCGAAAGAAGGUGAAACAGAUGAUUUAAUGUACAAAAAAAUUGCUGGCUUCAAUGAAGAUCUUACUGUUACUAUUGACACUCCAGACAUAUUACAAGAUGUUAGCAUCUCUGAAAGUUGUUCCGACACGGGCUCUGAUGAUAAUGAUGAUGCAGUAGAAAAUAAAACAAAACAUAAGAACCAUGCUAGACCUAGAGAUGAGUCCCCAGAUAGCAAAAAGGCAAGAAAGAAAGCCGUAAAAGAAGAAAAAGCAGAAAAAAGGAAAACUAAAACUAAGAAACACAUAAAGAAAAGACGAGACAAGGGUGGUAAAAAAUAAAAUAUUUAUUUUUAUAUAA